UAGUAUGAACUGGAAAUAGAGGUACAGGUUUUAAAGCUCAAACGUAAACUUAUUUCAGUUUAAGUCCGGCAAUGAUUGCCACACUACCAUUCCUGGGAGAGUUUGUUCCAGCCAAAAGAAGAGCCCAAGCCUUGCUAGUUACCUCUUCUCUUUCCACUCUUGGAAUACUAUAUUCUUCUUUGGCAGGAUGGAUGACCCUGAGAGGAUCUUGGGCUGUAGACCUCUGGUUUGUCACAUUUACACCCUGGAGGUUAUUUUUAUCUCGUUUUGUGGUCUACCCUCCUUGUUGUGUGGCACCCUCUUCUACUUUACUCCAGAGAGUCCCAAAUUUCUUCUCACCAGGGGCAAGAAAGGGGACACCAUGAAAAUAUUACAGAGAGUGCAUUCAGUGAAUUCUGGCAAACUGCCUCACACGUUCCCUUGUGAAUGGCGUUUACCUUUGGCUACCAGAGGUGACCAAUCGUAUAGCCCAGUACAAGGACACACAUGAAGGAAGAUUUUACGUGUGUGAA